GAUACCCAUCACGAAACCAAUCCAUCCAUCCACGUCUCUAAAAAGCCAAGCCUACAAAAUCGAAGCACCGACAAACCCUCCCAUCCGUCCACCUAUACGCACCACCCCACCCCACCCCACGGUCUCCAACGACCAUGCCCAGCGCGACCUCCUCCGGCGUCGACGGCAACAACCGCAGCACGCCGCGGCCACGAGAGCACAACCAAGGCAACCAAGAGCGAAAAUGCACGCCGGAGCAGAAAGCCGCGGUCCUACGGAUCCGGCGGUGCAAAGCGACAGCCUUCUACGACAUCCUGGGACUCGAAACCGUCCGGUCGUCCUGCAGCGACGCGGACAUCAAAAAGGCGUACCGGAAGCAAUCGCUGCUAACGCACCCCGACAAGAACGGACACGAGCACGCCGACGAGGCGUUCAAGAUGGUCAGUCGAGCGUUCGGCAUAUUGGGGGACAAGGAGAAGCGCGAGAAGUUCGACCGGUUCGGGACGGAUCCGGAUAGCCGGUUCGAGAGCGCGAGGGCGCAGGCCGGGAAUCCGUUUAGCGGGUUUGCGAACGCGAGGGCGGGAGGGCCCGGGGCUGGGUUUGGGGGCGGGGGGAUGUGGGACGAUGAGAUUAGUCCGGAGGAGAUGUUUCAGCGGUUCUUCCAGGGUGGUUUUGGCGGUCCGUUCGGCGGUUUUGAUACAGGACCGCAGUUCGUUUUUAACAUCGGUGGGAAUAGAGGGUUUCGUGUGCAUCAGAUGGGCGGUGGGGGUCCGAGGAGGAGACCGAGGGGAGAGGCUGAGGGCGAACAGAGACCGCAGACGGGUUGGGACACGAUCAUUAGCCUGCUUCCGAUUAUCUUCCUUUUCAUAUUCCCUCUGCUGUCGUCUAUCUUCUCCGGGGGCGAUAACCUGCAACCGAAGAUACCGACGAUGGUGUUCGAUGAGGCGUCGCCGCCCCUGGUUCACCGCCGGAUGACACCGAGGCUAAACGUCGACUAUUUCAUUAAUCCGAACGAUAUCGUUGGAUGGAACGAUUACAAAUUACAGCAAUUAGAUAAAGAAGCCGAGACCGGGUUUGUUCGCAUCCUAGGUCGCCGUUGCGAAGCAGAGAUGCGUACUAGGCAGGAUCUGAUCGACAAGGCGUACACCUGGUGGGGCAGGUCGGAUCAGGAGAAGAUGAAGAUCGCGGAACAGUUCGACAUGUCGUCGUGCAAGCGUAUGGACGCCCUAGGUCUUUCGCGGUAGCCCGGCUCAACUUUGAUCCCCGACCUUAAUUGCUGUUUUCUUGGACUUGGUGGCUUAAUAUGUCAGGCGUGCGUGUGGUCGAGUUUUUAUCAGCCUAGAGAGAGAAGGUGACUUAGAUAGGUGUGUAAACGACCGUUGGGCGGGAUGAUUAGGAUCAUGCUCAACACCUAAUGAAAAAGAAUUCCGACUGUUAUAUUUGAGCGGUUUUGAGAUAUGUGAUAUGUGUUGAGUGGGAAGGGGACGAGAUUGGUGAUGAUAUCGCGUAUUUGCCGAGUUUUGAGGAUCGAAGGAACUAGUUGCAGUCAGUAUUUCUAGGUUGUAAUUGUCGUAUAUUCAUAACACGUCUAAGGCAGUUUGUUACAUAUGGAUUUUUAGAUCAGAGGCACUGGACGAAUUCUAACUCAACCUAUAGGUAUCCAUUAGGUACCUAGCUACCUGUAUAUCGAGGCAACACCUGUA